CAAGACAAGAAAAAAAAACUCAGAACACGGUCCUUUGAAACAGAUAUUCCAUGAAAUCAUCACAUAUAGCUAUAAUAUGCAUAGUUUUGCUCUCCUUCUUCUCCAUGUAUGAGUGUAGCAAGAUAGGGAGGUCGAGGAAAAUCAAUGUACCAUUGUGUUUCCACAGCAAAUGCUACAACGUAUUUAAACCUGAUUGUUGGUGCUGUCUCGCAGCUGGAACCAAAAAAGAUGAUUGUUGGUUAGAUAGUGACUACCCCAACGCCAAAGAGAUUUGCUUCAAAUCAUGUAUAAGAUAGUUUUCUUUGAAGGAGAUACAGUAAAACCUCUAUAAAUUAAUA